AAGGCGAUCCGGGUAGUUUCACCCUCUCAUGCGCGACCCUUGUGAGCCCGUCAGGUACCGGAUCGUCCCGUUGCUGGUGCUGCUGUUGUUUACUGCUGUUUUGAAGGAUUUUCUUGUUAUUCUUGUUGUUGGUGUUGUUUGCGGGAGCGGGAGCGCGUGAGAGGACGACAUGGUGCGCGCGGAUGGAUGGAUGUGAACACAGAUGAAGGAGUACUGAGCGCGUGUAUUACUCUCCUGUUACUGUGAAAAGUGCGCACUGCAAACAACGGAUACAUGAUGAUCCUGGCCACGGUUUGCCUGCUUUUACCUCUGCUGGAUGUUCUCCUGUCUGCAGAUCAGUCCGUGUUUACCUCCGCGAGCCGCAUGGACUGCGUUCGAGCCAGCGAGCUGUGCUUGAAGGAGCCGGCGUGCAGCACCAAAUAUCGGACUAUGAGGCAGUGCAUGGUGGGCAGGGAGGGCAACAUCAGCGCCGAGGCCAGGGACGAGUGCCGCAGCGCCCUGGAUGCCCUUAAACAGAGCCCGUUGUACAACUGCAGGUGCAAACGAGGGAUGAAAAAGGAAAAGAACUGUCUGCGCAUUUACUGGGGGAUCUAUCAGCAUUUACAGGGAAAUGAUUUACUCGAGGAUUCUCCGUACGAGCCCAUGACCAGCCGUCUGUCUGAUAUAUUUCGUCUAGCUCCCAUCUAUGCAGAGGAAGAAGUAACCAGAGGUCCCUGGAGUGUCUCCACCACCAUGACCCCGAAAAUGGCAGCCCGUGUCCGUGCUAGAAACAGGAGAGCGCAGCCCAGUUGGGCUAAUCUGGGUGAGCCUGCACUGGUCAGAGAAAACAACUGCCUGAACGCUGCCAAGGCUUGCAACCUGAACGACACAUGUAAGAAAUACCGCUCUGCCUACAUCAGCCCGUGCACGAGCCGGGUCUCCACGGCAGAGGUAUGCAACAAGCGCAAGUGCCACAAGGCCCUGCGCCAGUUCUUCGAUAAGGUCCCGGCGAGGCACAGCUACGGCAUGCUGUACUGCUCCUGCCCACCGGGAGACCAGAUGGCCUGCUCUGAACGCCGCAGACAGACCAUAGUGCCCACCUGCUCUUAUGAGGAAAAGGAUAAACCCAACUGCCUGGAACUGCAACACUCCUGCAAGAGUAACUACAUCUGCAGGUCUCGUCUGGCGGAUUUCUUCGCUAACUGUCAGCCUGAGCCGCGCUCUCUGUCUGGCUGUCUGAAAGAAAAUUAUGCUAAUUGCCUCUUGUCCUAUUCAGGCCUCAUUGGUACGAUAAUGACCUCGAACUACCUGCGCUCCCCUAAAAUAAGCGUGUCACCCUUUUGCGACUGCAGCAACAGCGGCAACAGCCAGGAGGAGUGUGAAAGAUUCACUGUAUUCUUCACCGAUAAUUCCUGUCUGCGAAAUGCCAUUCAGGCGUUUGGUAACGGGACGGAUGUGAGUGUUUGGCAGUCGGUGCCUCCAGUACCCAGCACCACCACCAUGAUUACUCCAUCACAAGGAAGAAAAGGCCAAGAAAGAUCACCAAACUCCCUAGAGCCGGGCCACCUGAACCCUGAGGAUAACUCAUUAUACCAGUUCUGUGGAAACCUGCAGGCACAGAAACUGAAGUCCAACCUCACAACAGAUAUAUUAUGUGUGGACCUUCAAAUCGACAAGCCCAGUUCGUCUAACUCCAUCACGGGGAACUUGGCGUCUCGACCAGGCUUUAGCGCUCCGCUGCUCCUGCUGCUAGCCUCCCUGCACUGCUCCCUGGUUUUGCUUUUGUAG